AAGAUUUCUGUCUGUCCUCAGACACUCACAUUGGUGAUACUAGUUUGCGCUUCAAAGAAAUGUGCACAUUUGAAAUUCCAAUUUUUGUUCAUAUUAAUUCCUACUAAUAUAAGGAAUCAUUUCAGUGUGGUUGACCAGAGUUGUUGAACUGAACUAGCUUUCACUGCACCCAGCCAUGAACAGGCACUUGAAGACAUUCACACUCUGUGUCUUUAAAAGUCAGACAAAUAAUAUACUCUCAUCACCAGUCAGGAGCUUUUUGCCCUGGUCACAAUUCACAUGCACUGCAUCCUCACGUGCUUAUUCUAGCAGCAUUAAGAUGCGCUCCUACUUACAGUACAUGAAAAGGAAAGUCAAAGGAGCACCAGCCCCUCCAUACAGUCAUGUAUGCAAGGUGGGAGAUCCUGUGUUACGUUCACAGGCUGCAGCGGUUGAACCUGGAGCCAUUCAGGGACAAGAGGUGCAGCAGGUCAUAAAGACCCUGGUCAAGGUGAUGAGAAAGCUUGAGUGUGUUGGUCUAAGUGCACCCCAGAUUGGGGUUCCUCUGCGAAUAUUAGCUCUGGAGUAUCCAAAGAAAAUGCUGGAGGACAGCUCAUCAGCUUCUGUUGAGGCUAGGGGUCUGGUGGCAGUGCCCCUUAUGAUUUUCAUAAACCCACAUUUGCGUGUGCUGGACGGACGGACUGUCAUCUUCCAAGAGGCAUGUGAGAGCAUCUGUGGGUACUCAGCAUCUGUUCCACGCUAUGUGUCUGUAGAGGUAUCAGGUCUUAAUGAGAAAGCUGAGCCCAUCACCUGGCAAGCGAGUGGGUGGCCAGCCAGAAUACUGCAGCAUGAAAUGGAUCACCUAAAUGGAGUGCUAUAUAUUGAUCGCAUGGACAGUAAAACAUUCAUUAAUGUCAACUGGGAAGAGUAUAAUGAAUAAACCUUUGGUUCUUUGCAACUUAACCUCAGGAUCUGACAAAACUUACUCAUGGGGACAAAAUGGACAUUCAUAUCAAUGCAAUUAUUGCCUAUAAUUUAUCAUGUAUAGUUUCAUCACUGCACACUUGGAAAUGAUUUCUCUUGUUGAUGAUUUACAACAAAUCAAAAUAAAAUGACCAUAUGGUAAAUAACCAUAUGCCAAAGCCAAAUAUACAGUAUAUUAUCAAUAAACAAUUGCUUUUUUUAUCAUAUGGGAAACUGACUUUCACCAUCAUAUGUAAGAGGUUUAGUCUGUGCUUGUCAUGUAUUAUAACAUUAUGUUUCUUGAAAAAACUAUAACUAUAUACAAGCAGGGCUCCCUUUCAAUCAUUUAUUUUUAUAUCAGGUCCACUAAAUUGUCACAACCAAAACUGUCAACAUUUAUGGACCCACUUUAUAUUAAGUGUUCUCAACUAAUAUGUGCUUAAGCAUUUGAUACAAUGCACUUAAUAUGUAUCUAUGUGUUGUUGCACUGUACUUACUGUACAUUUAAAGUUCACAUGUUUAAUUAGUGGUGCUUGCAAAGCAUCACUAUUGUAACCUCACAUACUUAUUAUUUUUUUUAUUUUUAUUUUUAUAUCUCCGUACAAAACUCGUCCUGCACCGUUUGGCGUAGACCCACGAAUGAGGUGUCAAAUCGAACGGCCAAUUGAGGACACGUGUGCUAUGACUUUUAUAAGCGAUCGGGGGUACAGUAUUUGCCCCAGUGGCAAAAAAGCGGCCGAAAAAUCCCAUAGACUUAACAUUGCGACAAACUUUGACGCGUCACAGCUCCGAGCGAGGAUUUCGCAGAAAUGUGUGAUUCGCCACAUUUGAAGAGGCUGGCAGGCUCUGUAAGAGCAUACCUCAAUAUGGGGUAAAUGUUGCACCCCUGGGGGGCAGGAGCCGCCCAAAGUUGCCCCCAUUGACUUACAAUGGUGUAGGACGGCCCAUGAAAUGACAUGGCAUAGGGAUUUUGUAUUGAAUAUAGCUCUGGAUCACAGUGUCAUAGAGACAAGGGGGCGGGCUCAUUUUACUCAGACGACCAAUCAGUCUCUCAGGAUCAUUUUGAAUCUAUCAAGCCACGCCCUAGCAACAAUUUAGAGCACCUUAGCAACAAGUCCCAUAGACUUCUAAUGAAAGAGAUCAAAGGGAUCUCUACGGAUAGAAGUGUCAUAGAAACACAAGGGUGGUCUCGUUUGACUCUGAGCAUCAAACAGCCAAUCAUGAAUCACCUCAACACUUCCUAGCCCCUCCCUAGCAACCAUUGUCGUGCACCUUAGCAACCAAAAUCCAUACAGGGAUAUCUUCCAUUCUGAAUGUCACAGAGGCAUGGGAGUUGGUUUAUAUCAUUCAUACUGACAAGCAGCCUUUGGAGAUUCAUGAUUGGCAGCUGCCAAGCCACUCCCUAGCAACUAAACAGAGUACCCUAGCAACCGAGUAACAAAUCACAUAUUUCUGCACCAGAAAAUCGUACAGACUUCCGGGUUGAUUUAUUUCAAACAGGAUGGCAAGGAGAAUUCAUUAGUAUCACUAUGGUAACUGCCUAGCAACCAGAUGGGGUUACCCUAGCAACCGAGCAACAAAUCACAUAUCUCUGCACCUGAAAACACUACAGACUUCCGGGUUGACUUAUUUCACUCAUGAUGGAAAGGAGCCAUGUAUUGUAUUACCUUGGUAACUGCAUAGCAACCACACAGCCUUACCCUAGCGACCGAGUAACAAAUCGCACAUUUCUGCACCAGAGAAUCGUACAGACUUCUGGGUUGAUUUAUUUACGACCGUGAUUUUUGCUCUUUUCAAGUUACAACAUGCUGUUUGACGAGUUUCGCCACGGCAAGCACCACUCACAUUUUCUUCAGGAAAUGUACCCAUCUAGUUACAUCUGUAGUUACACAGUUAGCCUUACCCCUAAACCUACCCCUACUCCUAAACCUACCAGUACCUCAACCUCAGUAGCAGCAAAUGAUUUUGAGAGAAGUUUGCUACACAACAUGUAGUUACACAAUAAAUACAUUUUAUUGUUUGUAUUUUUAGUAAAUAGUAAAAACAUCUCAUAUAAAGUGGGACCAAAUGUAUUAUUAUUUAGAUAUAUUAAAUGGCAGUAUGUCAAUCCAAACAACAUAUUAGAGAUGUUUCUAAAACUACAUCAUAGUACACAAUCUUAAUCAACAAUGUUUAAAAUCUUUCACUAACCAUUAAAAGAAUAUGUUACAUUUUAUAUGGCAGGUAGGUUUGUGCUCAUUAUUACAUAAAAGUGUGACAGAAAGCAAGAAUGUUUUGAAAGCAAAACAAACAAUAUGACAUGUGAAGGCAUUCUGGAAGAAUAGUAUGGCCUUGUAGGAGUUUAGUUCUACCAAAAUCACAUAUUGGACUGAAUCAAUGGUAUUAAAAGGAAUAGUUCACCCAAAAAUUAAGUUCUCUCAUCAUUUACUCACCCUCAUGCCAUCCCAGAUGUGUAUCUGGGAUGCACACUCAUGCCAUCCCUAGCUGCUCCUUUCUUCUGCUAAACACAAAGCGUUUUAGAAUAUCUCAACUCUGUAGGUCCAUACAAUGCAUGUGAAUGGUGACCAGAACUUUGAAGCUCCAAAAAGCAGCAUAAAAGGUAAUCUUAACUCCAGUGGUUAAAUCCACAUCUUCAAAAGCAACAUUAUAAGUGUAGGUGAAAAACAAGACAAUGUGUAAGUCACUGUAACUGUUUUUACUGUAAAUGGACACAAGGACCAACAGAGCUGAGAUAUUCUUCUAAAAAUCUUUUGUUUGUGUACAGCAGAAGUCAUACACAUCUGGGAUGGUAUGAAAGUGAGUAAAUGAUGAGAGAAUAUUCAUUUUUGCAUGAACAAUUCCUUUAAGGACAUUGUUUUGGUAUGGUAGACAUUGUAUCCUUGAACCACUUCAGAAAUAGUGAAUUGCCUUGUUACAUUUUCUGUGAGGAAUCAUUCAUAACUCCUAUCAUUGCAUAAAGUA